AUGUUAUUUUUUAUAUUGAUUUUUGGAGUUUAUGCAGAAAAUUUAUUAGAGCAAUUAGAAAAAGAAAACCGAGAAUUAAAAAAAGCUUAUACAAAUUUGCAAAAACAGAUUGAACAGGUGUCUAAAUUGAUAGAUUUUGGGGAAAAAAUCCACGAAGAUUACACUUAUAACAUCGAAAAUUUAGAAGCUUUAAUAGAGGAGUAUCAAGAUGAAGAGGAUUAUUCUGUGAAAUUGGAUUUAGCUGAAGAAUUAAUACCGUUCAUACAAGGAAUUAUAGAGGAUUCCAAAUUUUAUGGAGGAGAAAUCAAUGGCUUUACUACUAGUCAGUUAAAUGACGUUUCUUUUACAUUGAAAACUUCUAUACAAAUAGCAAAGGAUAGGGAAAAUACAAGGACCUUUGAAACAGUUUAUAAUGAGUUAAAAAAUGAAUUAUGAUUCUUAGAUUAAUUAUGUCUAAUUUAAUAAGAAAAACAAAUUAUUUAUACAAAUAAUUUAUAAAAACCGAAUUUAUUAUAAAUAUUAUAAUAAACAAAGAUGAAAUUAUUAUGCAGCUGCAAAUAGAAAAUGCAAAAUUAAAUGGAGACUUACAGACCACUAUAGCAGAAUUCGAAGAAAAUAAGCAGAAAUGCAAUAUUGAGCAUACAAAAUUGAUAAGCCUACAGGAUGAAAUUAAUACUUUAAAGCGAGAUCAUGCAGAAAGUAUAGAAGUCUUAAGCGAGUCAUUAAAAACACAACAAAAAAUUUCUCAUAAGAAACAAUUGAAAGAUUUUAAAACAAUUCAAGAGUCCCAAGACUCUUUAAUACUCGACCUUCAGGAUAAAAAUGCAGACCAAACUUUGUUAAUAGAACAAUUAUCAGUAGAAAAGUCCUCGUUAGCUUCUCGUUUACAGCUUUUAGAAAAUUCAAAUGAUAGGCUUCAGUCUGAGCUUAUUUCAAGAACCAGCCAAUUACAAGCCGCACAUGAAAAAUUUGAUGAUUUUUGUGAUUAAAUAAUAAAAAUAAUUAUUUUAAAAAAUAAAAAAAAAAUUAAUUAAUAAAUACCAUGAUUUUCGAAAAAAGGUAGAAAGUGAAACAAUGAAUCAAAUAACGAGCAUAGAAGGGGCAGAAGGAAAAUAUAAAAAUGAAAUUAAAGCAUUAGACGCCCAAAAGGCAAAAAUGACUGAAGAGUUAACUAAAUGUGAAAAAGAAAGGGAUAUUUUGAUUACCAAUAGUAAACAAAAAGAUAAAAGAAUCAGCAAUUUAGAAAGCAGUAAACUAGAUAAAAAUGAAAUAGAUGAGGAAGAAAUAGAAGAGGAAGAAGAAACUCAACAAAACUUUGGAAGGCAAAUAGUAGAAAAUAAAGAAAUAAUAGAUGGUCCUAUGAAAGAGAUAGCUGCUGAUAUUGAGCAUAUAAUUGAAGAAGAAAUUAUUAUCAAAAAGCUAUCAGAAAUUGAUAAGCCAGAAAUUCGUGUUAGGACUCGUUAUGAUUUUGGAAGCUAA